CUACCCAUUUAUAGCCGGGAGGGGAUGCUAGAAAUAGGUACAUGGGCACUAAGAGGCAGAGGAGAUGAAAAGGGUACUGGAAUCGAUUUGCAAAUGAGACAUUUCCCAGCUGGAAGGAGCAUGAAAAGCCCUGGGUGCACUCCAAGGCAUACCAGAUGUCUCAUCAUUUCCAGCCUUUUGCUGGGGCUCAUGCUCCUGUCAGGAUUCUUCCAUGUGAAGGAUAAGGAUUACAGAAUCUUCAACAGCCAGGAGGACCAAACUGUCACCUUCCUGCAGAAUCUCAAACAGCCACUGCUGACCCCUCCCACACCAUGCCCUGCCAAGAAAAACGUCAUGUUCCUCAAGACCCACAAGACAGCCAGCAGCACCGUGCUCAACAUCAUGUUCAGGUUUGCAGAGAGGUACAACCUCACCGUCGCCCUCCCUGCUGGCCAGCUCUUCCACCUCGGCUACCCGAGGAAUUUCAUGGCCCACUUUGUGGAGGAUUUUGAAGCCAUAGGCCAAAACUACAACAUCAUGUGCAACCACCUGCGGUUUAACCCCUCGGAGGUGCAAAAGGUGAUGGCACCCAACACCUUCUACUUCUCCAUCCUGAGGAACCCCAUUCCUCUGAUGGAGUCUUCCUACAUCUACUUCAAGAACAAUGUCCCUGCCUUCAGGAACUCCAAGGACGUGAACGAGUUCCUGGCAUCACCCACGAGGUAUUACCACCCAGCAGAUUACAGGCAGAACAUCCAAGCCAGGAAUAUGAUGUGGUUUGACUUUGGCUAUGACAACAACGCGGAGGACGACACAAAGUACACCCAGGCCAUCCUCGAGGAGAUCGAGCAGAACUUCCACCUCAUCCUUAUAGCAGACUACUUUGAUGAGUCCAUGAUCCUCUUGAAGCACACUUUGUGCUGGGAUCUGGAUGACGUGAUUUACUUCAAGCUCAAUUCCAGAAGUCAGGACACUGUCCAGACUUUGACUCCGGAAAGUGAGGAGCGGAUAAAAGCGUGGUGCUCGCUGGACUGGAAGCUCUACCUGCACUUCAACCAGAGCUUCUGGAGGAGAAUUGAGGAGACCAUAGGGCUGGAGGUGCUGGAGAAAGAGGUGGAUCACCUGCGAACCAGACAGAAGGAGCUCACGGAGACCUGUCUCUUGGAGCAGGAGCCAGUGGGGAAGGAUCACAUCAGGAACAAAGCUCUCCAGCCUUACCAAUCAGGGGCUGCAAAUAUCCUGGGGUACAACCUCAGACAGGACUUGGACAACAGGACUCUGAGAACCUGCCAGAGAAUGGUCAUUCCAGAGCUCCAGUACACGUCCUACCUUUACACUGUCCAACACCCGCACAAGAAGGGGAAGGAGCUGGGGUUGCCAUUGCUGUGGACCAGACCCCAGGAGAGGAUGCAGCUCCCAAAUACCAACUAGGACACAUGACAACCCACUGUGGCUUCCCGCUGCUUUGCAUCACCCCAUGUCUGGCAUGUGACUGACCCACACAAGACAGGACUCUUGUGCAUGGGGGGAGGCAGUGGGGGCUUUGUUCAGGGUCACCGAGUUGGUGGUUGGUCCCUUUUUGGGGACCUUGAGCCAAAGGCUCUGCAUUGGUCAGAUCCUGUGUGAUCCUUCCUGCCUGCUCCCAGCUGGGGAGUGCUGGGCAGGCUGCAGCUGGCAUAGACAUUCCAGCUUCUUAAUCAUUAAUUACAGGUGUGAUCAUU